ACAGUUUUCAUAAUUGUUACGGAGCGGGGCACGACGAACGUGAAAAGGACUUUUGUUCCUACUCUGCUUUUUCCAUGGGUUUACAUCCCUGUGAGGGAGAUGCUGCUCUGGGAAAAGUUGCUGGGAGAAAUUCUCAAGUUCUUCAGGAGCCAGGGGAUAGGUCACACUGGUGUGUGGUGGCAUACUGGGAAGAGAAGACACGCGUGGGUCGGCUGUACUCUGUCCAAGAGCCCUCCCUGGAUAUCUUCUAUGAUCUACCUCAGGGGAAUGGUUUCUGCCUCGGACAGCUCAACUCAGACAACAAAAGCCAGCUGGUGCAGAAGGUGCGCAGCAAGAUCGGCUACGGCAUCCAGCUCACCAAGGAAGUGGACGGCGUGUGGGUGUACAACCGCAGCAGUUACCCCAUCUUCAUCAAGUCGGCCACACUGGACAACCCCGACUCCAGGACGUUGCUGGUUCACAAAGUGUUCCCAGGGUUUUCCAUCAAGGCUUUUGACUACGAGAAGGCGUACACCUUGCAGAGACCCAACGACCACGAGUUCACGCAGCAGCCAUGGACAGGGUUUACCGUGCAGAUCAGCUUUGUGAAAGGCUGGGGCCAGUGCUACACCAGACAGUUCAUCAGCAGUUGCCCCUGCUGGUUGGAAGUUAUUUUCAACAACCGAUGACUCGAGACAGAGUGAACUCAUGACAUCUAUACUACUUUGCUGCUAUUACUUCCUUCUGAGUGCUUGCUUUUCAUGCAGACUUUUUCGUUGUUGUUGUUGUUGUUGUUGUUUUUUUGUUUAGUUUUGUUUUUGUUCGCCCUUCUUCGUUUUGAGAAAUAGCUUAUGAAAGAUGAUUUUUGUUGUUGUUGUUGUUGUUGUUGUUGGGUUUUUUUUGUUGUUGUUUUUGCCUUUGGGGUAUUUUGAUAAAUAUAUCUAUUUUUUAAAAGUGUGAAUGACCAAUAACUCUCAGAAGGGCGAGAGAAGGGUGCAGUGGGGAUAGAUCACAUGAGAUAAUUACUUCACGCCUCUCAAAAAGGAUUAUCCAAUGGGGAUCGAUGGAUUUGAAAGCCACUAGCUCUAUGUUACAGCUCCUUCCCUUGGACAGCACAAGGAGAUGACUGUGUUUUUGUACGCACCACCUUCCAGUGACGGUGACACCGACACCCCUUCCCCAGCAGUGCUAACCCCGCGUUGCCGCCGAAGGAUGGUGCAAAACCUUCCCAGACAGGUCUCCUACCGACCUUUCGUGUUUCUCUUGUUGCUGGGUUCAUGUCUUGUCACUGUGUUCGUUGUUCCACUGCUUUUUCUAUGUUUUUUAUGAUCGUGGAUUGAUGUAAGAGGAGAGAAAAACAGCGGAAGGGACUCCGGGCAUGGCCCGUGCUUUGAUCAUUUGAGCUGAGAUGAGAAGUGACAGAAUUCUAGACCUAAAAAGAAAAUAAAUAAUAAAAAUUAAAACUAAAGAAAAACAAGUGGGAAAAACAAGAGAAAAAGUGUUCACAACAGUCGGUGUGUCAUAACCUGCUUAGAUCAGGUUAUCCAGGUACCAUCUUAUCUGGAAAUGCAGUUGUGCUUUCAUUUCUUCUUGAAUUCAUACACGAGUAUGAUACUUUUACACUGUUCUUAGCUCAAUGAGCAUGUUUAGACCUUAACAUAAGCUAUUUUUCUAAAUAUAAAGGUUUAAUUGAACAAGAGAGCAUUCUUCUUGGAACUUUAGCAUUGUAGUGCUUUCGAAAAACACCCACACAAAAGAAAGGACUCCUUAAAAAAACCCUGAGAUUUAUUAAAGAAAAAAAAAUGUAUUUUAUGUUAUAUAUAAAUAUAUUAUUACUUGUAAAUAUAAAGACGUUUUAUAAGCAUCAUUAUUUAUGUAUUGUGCAAUGUGUAUAAACGAGAAAAAAGUAAGAAAGAUGCACUUUGCUUUAAUAUAAAUGCAGAUAACAAAUGCCAAAUUAAAAAAAAAAAAAAAAAGAGAACACAAGAUUAGUGUUUUUUCUAUGGGUGUUAUCAUCCAGCUGAAUGUUUCUUUUUCUAAAGGAGUCUAUGUUCCAUUAAAAAAUAAAAAUGUACACUUGA